AAUGCCAAGGUUUGCAUAAGGAAAGCCUGCAGCUGGCUUCGGUGGCAGGUCUUCCUACCUCCAUUCAUUUUUAAAAAUACACAUGAGGCGUUAGCAGGAACUUUAUUGGUCAGGUUAAUUUUUUCCCAUCCUCUCGCCCCCUUCUGCCUCCAGUUCCAAGUCAGAUCAUGCACCGAAGGGAAGUAUCAACAGCGGCUGUUUUCAAAAUAAUCUAGAAAGACAGAAUGAGCUAGACAACUGAAAAAAUCCUCAGCAAUUCUAUGAAGUUCAAUCUACUAAUUGUGUAGGAAAUUCUGAAGAAUCAGGAGUGAUGAUCUUCAAAUCUCGCAUGGAUGGUAAAAGCAAUCCAGGUUCUACGUAUUCAUCUGCUAGAGCUAGAAAAGGUUAAUGAACUCUGCAAGGAUUUCUGUAGUCGUUACAUUGCCUGUCUGAAAACUAAAAUGAACAGUGAAACUCUACUAAGUGGAGAACCUGGAAGUCCUUAUUCCCCUGUCCAAUCCCAGCAAAUUCCAAGUGCCAUUGCCGGCACACUCAGUCCCCAAGGGAUUAUGGUGCCUGCAUCAGCAUUGCAGCAGGGAAAUGUAACUAUGGCAACUGUAGCAGGGGGCACAGUGUAUCAGCCAGUCACAGUGGUUACUCCACAAGGUCAAGUAGUGACACAAGCACUGUCACCUGGGACAAUUCGGAUCCAGAAUUCCCAGGAUAAUACUGCAAGAGAACUACCAGCACGACCUCUACAGCUUCAGUUUCAGUUAAACCAAGAUCUAAACAUCUUGCAUCAAGAUGAUGGCUCAUCAAAAAACAAAAGAGGGGUUCUUCCAAAGCAUGCUACAAAUGUGAUGAGAUCAUGGCUUUUUCAGCACAUUGGGCAUCCAUAUCCAACAGAAGAUGAAAAAAAACAGAUUGCAGCACAGACAAAUCUGACACUACUCCAGGUUAACAAUUGGUUUAUCAAUGCUAGAAGGCGAAUUCUUCAGCCAAUGCUGGAUUCCAGUUGUUCGGAAACUCCAAAAACAAAGAAAAAAACAGCUCAAAACAGACCAGUUCAGAGAUUCUGGCCUGACUCCAUUGCCUCAGGAGUUGCUCAGCAGCAGUCUAAUGAACUUACAAUGUCAGAUGGAGCAGUUGUAACAAUUACAGCUCCCGUCAACAUGAAUGUAGACAGUCUUCAGUCCCUGUCAUCUGAUGGUGCUACUUUGGCUGUUCAGCAAGUUAUGAUGGCAGGGCAAAGUGAGGAUGAAUCUGUGGACAGCGGUGAAGAUGAUGGAACAGACCUCUCAACAACAAACAUCAGUGGGCUGGUCUUGGAUAACAGCGAUUCUCUGCAGUAGGAAGCAAGAGAAUGUGACAGAAUAUUUAGGAAAAAGAAUGGACUGACUGACUGUUUUUCUAGUUUGCACAGCAAACAUUUUACACAAGUUUUAUUUCUAAUAUGUUUUAUAUGUAGAUAUAGAAGGGUGCACUUUUUUGUAUUUCAUAGUAAGCUGAA